AGAGCACUAUUGUCCUCAGAUGGGUAGUUGUCCGGCAUUCUGGCUUCUCCCAGGGACGAGAUAUUGCCUUUUCCUCAGCUCGAGUCCCAGCAGACCAACCAUCUAGCGCGACGAGAGACUUUGCCACCCAACACUCUCGUGUAUGAUACAUCCAGUCAUAUGAGGAGUCCUGUUAAGCAGGGCAUACGCGCUUUCAUAUCGAUAGCAAGUACCUGUCGGGCUGGCUAGGAGGGGCUAAAGUCGCAUGACCUCCUUUGUUAAGGACAAGAUCCCCUCCUAAACGACGAACUAACAACGCUUGCCACGAGAGAACCACAGAGUCGUCAACACUGUCGCCAGGGCCUCAAAUCACGACGACCCUGGGCAAUUAGGGUUCCUGACUGAGUCCCAUAUCUCACCUUAUAAGAGUCCCUCCAGAACAUCAGCCCAAUAUUGCUCUUUAGAGAGAUCGAUCAUGCCAAAACCCAAGAUCUAUCUCUACGCCGAAAUCUUGAUUCAUAUCCGCCAAUUGACCCUCUACGCUUCCUUAGAAACCGACAAGAACGAACAUACCAAAAUCCUGAUCUCUUCGGACAAACACAUCGUGACUGCACUGCAUGAGGGCGAAUCGUCCAGUAUUUACCUACCCACUCAGAUCUCGGGUACAGCCAACGUCACCUUCCCAUAUGAUCGCAAGACAGAGAUUUCGGCACGAUUGCAGAUUGACGAUCUCGAUGAAUUGAAAUCGACUUCGGAAAAUGUGUCAGGAAUCGAAGUUCCCUGGUCGGCUGGCGAUUUGACGGGGACGAAACUCGCUUUGCAAUGCAAAGGCUGUGGAGUCGAGAUUUUGGCGGCCGGGAAAAUCAACGAAUGGAAAGAUCUUCCUAGCAAUCACUGGGCCGACUUGAUGGAUAUUUGGUUUUGUCACAAGCCUCAUGAUGAUAAGGAUCCAGAACAUGGUGCUACCACCACGGCCGCUGCUGAAUCGAAAGGCUUUUCGGCAAAGAGUAAGACGAUAGCAAAGCCCAGCGUGGGCUUGAUUGACACGGUUUCAUUUUUAAUCAAUGGGGAGGACUGCAAAAAUCUAAAGGAGGAAGAAUCAUCCAAGUCGAAUUACUCGAUUGUCCGUUGCGCAAGCUGCGAGUCGGUGCUAGGCUCCAAGAGCCCAGACGCCGAGAAUAGUUUUAGACUAUACAAGUCUCGAUUGUCAAUUAAGCCCAGUUCUGACGAACCUCUACAACAAUACGCAGCUGCCGUCUUCAUUUGCAGCCAACUUCUGUCCCUCAUCGAGAGCUCCAUCAGCCGUAAAGUCGUGCUGCAUGAUGAUACGCCAGAUGCCCCCCACCGAAGUCGGGAUGGUCUCCUCCUUUGGAUAUUCAACCCCGACAUCUACUACUCAAGCUCGAGUCGUGGCCCUACAGCUCAUCGAGCGAUGAAGGUCUUCUACAAAUCCUUGCCGGAGCCGGCUAAGUUUAUCGACGACAACAGCAACACACACGAAGAACUUGUCGUUCCGCCUGAAGACUUUGACGAUUUCAACACAACGCUGCACGAAAGUUCGUCAAUAUUGCCGCAAUCAGCACGAAAGUUUCAAGACUGGGAUGUGGGGCUGGUGGAUCGCUGGGAGAAGAAUGCGACGGGAAUAUCGAGAAUGGAUGAGAAUCCACUGAAUAAAAAGGUGGAUGACGACUUUGAGGUGUUUAAACUGCCUCCUGGCUGGAAGGAGCUUUAUAUGUGAGUCAAGGGUCAUGUGUAGAAUUCACAACAACCAAUGCGACCUAUGUCGCGGAUGUGGAUUUGGAUUUCACCUCCUCCGUCCUGGCCUAUCCUGUGGACAUAGCUGUCGUGGACGGCGAAUCACCUUCUUUGGGAGACUGGAAUUCUCUUGAGGAAAGGAUCUGGCUGGAUGAAGAAAGCGUACGUCGAUGCAUCCACCUCUUUUGCAUUGAUAAAGCCAUCGAGAGAGGCGGACAUGCUCCUUCGAUAGAGCGACGUCCGAACAGCACGACUUGGCUCUUGCCGCCAACUAGGGAGUAUCUGCGAUACACAAACGCGAUCGCGGCGCAGGCA